AUGGAUCUAGUGUUCCUGGUCAUCAACGGCAUAGGGAUGGCCCUGGAUUUCCUGGGUCUCCUGCUCAACGUGAACUUCUUCCUGGUCUCCACCUUGGUCUCAGUGCUGGUCUGGCUCAUCACGUUCAUCUACAACCUGCCCAAUGCACUGGUGGCUAGUGUGAUCCACUGCUGGAAUGGGACUUUGUUCUCCUUGGUGUACCUGGUGGAGGCGCUUUGCUGCCUGGCCCUGGGCUCUGUCCAAACUGUCACUGGCCUGUUCCGAGGCUUCUGCUCCAGCCUGGAGAGUCUGAAAGUGAUUGGGAACCUGUUCUCACACCUGGUCCUGAGAAGCAAGGAACUUGUGCACCGAGGGCUCUGGAAUGUGGUUGGCUCUGGCCAGUCGCUUCUGAGGCAGGUAUGCGAAGUGUUUACCAUUGUCAUGAGCCUCCUCGCCUACUUCGUUAACAGCAUCAUCAACAUCUGCCUGAUCGGCACCCAGAAUCUGGUGCUGGCCCUGUGGGACUCCAUCAUCAGCCCUUUCUUAAGAGUCACAGACCUCCUCACUGCCUUCCUUGCUCACAUGUCUAGCAGUGCCAUUGCCAUGUCCAUUCUCGUGUGGUCACCCUGCCAGCUGGCAUUCGAACUCUUAGAGUCCAUGAGCAAGCUCCUGGUUAACGUCUUCUUCCUGAAUCUUUAUGGCCUAGUGUUGCUGGCCCUAAUUGUCACCGUCAGCACCUUAGUCCUCAACCCUGAGCUGACAAGGACCCUGGCAAACCAUGUGUUGGGAUACCUGAAUACCUUGCCUUCCUACCACCGCCUGCGGAGGGACAUCUGGCGCCUCUAUCAGAUUGUGCUCUUGUCGCUGGGGAUGGUCGUGAGCUCCCACGCUUGGCGCAGGGUAGCAGGCUGGAGUCUCCAAAUGGCCAACUGGAAUGGAGGAGGCAGAGCAACAAACCAACAGGUCAAUCAAGCGCCACACGGUGCAGAGGCCAACCAAGGCAGGCAAGGGGCAGCUACAGCCUUUCAUAGGCCAGCUGCUCCUGGAGGAACUCAUCAGGGAAGACCAGGGCUGCCUGGAGCCAAUCAGCAGGGUGCAGGUGGUGCCCGUCAGGUGCAGCAGCCGGCAGCCAGAAGACAUGGGGACCAACAUGACACGAACGUUGAGCAAGGAUCAAAUGCGCAACCAGCCUGUGGUCGAAACGCCACAGCAGGGCAGCGCCUCCAGCCUCCAGGCGAAGGACCAAGCACAUCACGAGCCAAAGCUCUGAGGAAAGAGCAGCUGAAUGCUUCGGAGGAGGACAGCGAGGAUGUCGCUCCAGAGAACGACCCGUGGAUGCUCCUGAAAGAACAAGAAGAACGUAAAAAAUGUGUCAUCUGCCAGGACCAAACCAAGACAGUCUUGCUCCUGCCCUGCAGGCACUUGUGCCUCUGCCAACAAUGCACCGAAAUCCUACUGCAGCAGACCAUCUACCAGCGCAACUGCCCGCUCUGCCGGCAGAUGAUACUGCAGACUCUGGACGUGUACCUGUGA